AUGGAUUACGCCACUAGCACGGUGUAUCGCACACAAAAACUGUCGUGUCACUGUAACGAUUUUAUUGCAAUAUUUGUACCACAGACAGCACAAGUUUGCUUUGCAUGACCGAGCAAAAGAUCUGCCAUGUGGGCUCUCCCAAGGUAAAGUACGGCUAAAACUACCGUGUUUUGAAGUUGAAUUUUGGCACUUCUGUGGUGCAGACUCUGCAAACUUAUCACAAGUUUGCUGUGGCGCAGUUUUCUUGCGAUGCCGUGCAAUACUGGGCCACGGGGCUGAACUGUUGCCAACCCCGCGGGGGAUUCGCUUGCGACGACGUUUGGAAUCCUCGGGCCCGGUCUGCAGUGGUCGUGCUGGACCGCCCGGGAUCGCUGUUCCCCUCGGCCUACGACGUCUUCAAGAAGGCUGCCAAACAGGCCUGUGCAGAGUGGGGGCUCACGCAGAGCGAUAGCGCCAUGUUUGUCCGGUGGGUUUCCGACGCCACGAAAGUAUGGAACGAAAAAACUUUGUCACAGUCAGUAUUUAUAAUUUGCAGUUUCUGCUGCAUGAAAAAUUUUUCAGGCGGGCAUAACUGCAGCUUGCAGAAACCCCACUUCUCAUGUGUAUUCUGAGGCUACGCUGUGAGGGUGCAUUCAUUUUGAUGCAUGGAAGACGGCGUUUUUGUAUUUGUACUGCUACAACGUAAGAUGCCAGGGAGUGGUCGUGGCGAGCUUUUUGUUUUGAUAAACGGAACAAAAUUUGUACUACACGGAAGGCCUAGGCUGCCUGAUCACGUUUGUGGCCAUCUAUGCCGUCUGGUCGCUGCUGAUUGGCGGCUUAAUGCAAAUGUCUGCGCGCAAGUCCGUUUCCAAUCCGGAGGCCGCGAAAAAUGUCCGAUUACCACCUGCUUUGUGAACAAGGGAACUGGUGGAGGACGAGGCACGUACGCUGCAUAUGUUACCUCCAGGGAAGAGCAAAGAUUCAGUCGGGGUUGCACUAGUAGUAAGUAAGUUGUACUACAACUACCAGCUGAGUCAUCAAGAAUAGCUGCACGUUCACUACGUCUUGCUACAAGUAGAACUUUUGUGCUGCUGCUGCCAGGACAGAAAUUUUUUCCCGACGAACAGCUACAGGGGUAGGACAGUGCUGUGCUUGCUGCGCAAAUCAAAAGGAAUCACGAGAGAUUUGAAGGCUUCAUCUCGGUCGAUUUUUCCCAUUUUCAUCCUGCGCUGAUGUCCACUCUGUUGGACACGCGAUUUUUGUUAUGGCGCAGCAGUUAAAUCAAUCUACAUUGUGGAGGACUUACAGCUGGUGCAUGUGCUCACCGCAAAACCUCAAUUAUCGGUCAGAAGCGUAGAAGAUAGUUCC